AUGCUGUCUUUCCCCGUUAAAGAGAGGGUCAAGAACUUUCAGUUCUACCGAGGAUGUUUCUUUCCAAAGCAAUGGCGCGAUCGCAAGCUGAUCCUCUACUUGAUGGCUGCUGAGUUUCCGUUCGUGGUAGCAAUGUUGACUUUGACUGGUGUCGCUUCACACGAUACAUACCAAUCAUUAUUAUGGAAAGUUGGUUACCAGAACGGAUUUAACAGCUCGCCUGAUGAGGCGAUCUAUGCGGCGGCCAACUACCGACCAUACAAAGCUCCUAUAGUAUGGUCAUCCUUCCUCACCACAUACAACCUGGUCAUCGCAGUAUUGAGUGUCUUCUUGCUGAUCACCAAAAUCCCCGUCCACGCCCUGCAUCUGUACUACCCUCCCAUUGCAACGGCCAUACAUGCAGCAAGUACCACAUUAUUCGUGAUCGCGGCAUGCUUCCAGGCUGGCCCUGACAUGUCAGAUCCCACACACCCUCAGCCGGGAGCUCCAUGGUAUAUUACCAAGAGCUGUAGUGUGGCGAAGUCCUCCACCAUUAUUGGAUACUGCCGGCAGGCCAAGGGCCUUUUUGGUCUGACUAUUGUUUUAUGUGUGCUAUACUUCGUCGAAUUCCUCGUCUCGGCCCGCUCCUGCUUCAUCACCCGCGAAGAACGCCUGGUCAUCAUCGAGGAGCGAGAAGAGAAGAAAGUGGAGCGCGAGUUCGAAGAAGAAAUCAUGAAGUCGCCCUUAUACCCCGCAACCCCGGGCUUCACCAACUUCCACCCCGGCAUGAUGCCCCGUACCCCCGGCUUCCCACCCAUGGCCGCCCGCGGACCUAUGCCCGCCCCCACGUCUCCUUUCGCAGGAUCCUCUCCCUCAUCUCCCUUCGGGCCUCGCCGAUUGGCUUUCAAUCGACUCCCCAGUACAUCGUCCGAUCUGCCACUCCGGAAUAACAGCAACGACUCGACUCAACACAUCGUUGAGCAGCCGAAAGGUGAUGAGCCCCAGGCGGGCCCUGCUCCUGUAGCGCCGAUGUACUUCCCGCCGCCGCCUAAGAAGGCCGCGAAGACUUAA